GGUGCGAACAUAUAUACUGGGAACACGUUCUUCACAACAAACAGCCUUCUCCUUCCAUGAAUUCCCUCUCCCUCGCUUUUUAUUAAAUUUUUUCCUUCAUUUUUUUUUGUUUGUUUUUCUGUGUAUAUUUCGGUUCGCUUAGAUUUUAGUGUUCCUCUUUUAUCUAAUUAAUUAUUGGGUUAUGGAAGAUCCUGAUUUCCCAGAGGACGAAGACUUUAUUGGAAGAAUCGAUUGGGGGAGCCUCUUCGAUGAACUACCGGAGGGCACGAAUUCUCUUUUUCCGAUCGAAUCCCCUGUUCUCACCGACUCAUCAUCCGCCGAGGCCUUGUCGAACCCGUCCCCGGGUCCGGUCUCGUCGUGGAUCGGCGAGAUCGAGACCAUCCUGAUGAAAGACGAUGACGACGAGAAGGUCUCGGCAGAGCCCAGCAAGGAGUUCUGUGAUAACUUUUUGGCGGAUGUGCUUUUGGACUCGCCCGGGGAGGUUUCCGGCGAGGUCGACAAGGACUCUUCCACUGCUUCCGAUGACGGAAACGGUGAUUGGGGGAAAGAGAACGUGCUCAACAACGAUAAAGAUUGUCACAGUCAAGAUGAUGCUGAUGAUCCCCACUCCAAGAAACGAAGAAGGCAGCUGAGAAAUAGGGAUGCUGCGGUGAGAUCGAGGGAGAGGAAAAAGAUGUACGUGGGGGAUCUUGAGAUGAAGAGUAGGUAUCUAGAAGCGGAAUGCAGGAGACUGGGGCGUCUGCUUCAGUGCUGUUAUGCAGAGAAUCAAGCUUUACGGCUUAGUUUGCAAUCGGGCAAUGCAUUUGGUGCCCCCAUGACCAAGCAGGAGUCUGCUGUGCUCUUGUUGGAAUCCCUGCUGUUGGGUUCCCUGCUUUGGUUCCUGGGCAUCAUGUGCCUUUUCACCCUGCCCACAAUGCCCCAGUUAAUUCUGGGAAGAGUUCCACUGGAAAACGUGGGAAAGAAAAAUCCAGGAGUAAGAGGGGCAAGAAGUAAGAUUUUUGGAUACUUGAUGGCCCAAUCUGUUGUAAAGACUAGGAGAUGCAAAGCUUCAAGGACCAAGAUGAAACCGAGUUACCUUGUUCUUUGAGUUUUUGGGAAGGACUUUCAUCUUCUUUUAUUAUAUGUUCAAUGCUUAUCUCUAUUUUGGUGUUAAGGUGUUAAGAAUGUAGUGGAGUUAUGACUUAUGAUAAAUAUAAAGUAACGGACAUGCUGGUUUCUCUA